AAGUCCGUAGUGAGGAAAACAAAGAUCGUAAGAGAACUUCAACUUCUGCUGCCGAAGGAAACGAUGUCGUUUUGGUCUCUUGUUCUCCCAUCUUCUCCUUCUCUGUCUGCUAACCUCGUCAAGCCUCCUAAUGGCUACGGAAGGCUCGAUCGUUACCUCGUUCGAGCUUCUUCUUCCGAUGUUCCAGAUUUCCUCUCUGCGGAUUGGCUGGAGAGUCGUAGGAAACGUCCUUUUGGCCCCAGACUUGAUUUUAGUGCGGAAGAUGCUGUUCGACAUCAGCUUGAUGCAUUGAAGUAUAACGACCAUCCUCGCUAUGAUUAUGGCAUCGAGGUCAUGUACCGGUUUGCUGGAUUUGACCCGUUUGAGAGAUCCACCUAUUUCGGUCCUUUCUUUGAUCUAGGACAGUUUGAAAGGUUUCGGCGUAUUUUUCACCACUCGUCUUACCGUGUGUUGCUUGGUCACAAGGAUAGAAAGAUCUUAAGCAGUUUACUCGUUGAAGAGAACCGUUUCAAGCAGAGGAUUUGGAUUCAAGGAACUCGGCCUGAGGAAGAAGAGAUUUUUGAAUUCACUAUGUUCCAGCGGAUAGGCGGUUCAUGGGAUGGUUAUUGGUUGACUGAGAGCUUGCUUCAUGAUGGAGAUGUGUUUUCAGGAGGGAUGGCUUACUGAUUCAAUUGCCUUGAGCUUCGUUUCCUUUUCAAAUUAUCGAUAUUCCGUCGGUCAGGUCAUAUACGUAAAUAUUGAGACACAACUCUGUAAGCUUAUGUUAAAUAUUAUACGCAAUUAGUAACACAUGUUUUUGUCUAAGAAAGCUGUUUUGUUAAACAAAACGAAUAUAGUAGCUUCUUAUAAAGUUGGCAAUACCGUUUUCUUAA